AUGGACUCCGAAGGGUUGAAGUGGUGUCUAGCUCUCCAGCUUCUACUGCCUCAUUGCUUCUUGGAGACCAGGAUCCAAGGUCAAUUAGCAGAUGCAAAACUCGUGCUCUCUGGCAGCAGUGUGAGUCUUCAACUCUCCAAUUUGACUAAGAACUACCUACGUCUCACCUGGUUUUACACUACCAACCAGAAAAUUCUAGAGUGGGAGACCAACCGGCCUACUCCUAACUACUUCAAUACUAAGUUUAAGGACAGAGUCACACUUGAUCUUCAAAAUGGCACACUCCACAUCUAUGAUGUCCAGGAAGAAGACAGCAGCACCUACAUCCUGAAGGUGAUGUUGAUGACUGGGUUUGAAGAGGAAUGGAGCAUCCCAUUGAGAGUGUUUGAUCCUGUACCUAAGCCUGACAUAACAAUUGAGAAGACACAGGAAAUGAACAACAGGUGUUAUCUGAUCCUGUUUUGUACGGCCAGAAUUCAGUCUGUCAACUACACCUGGUAUGGGGACUCAGGACCCAUUUCAGAACGUCUCCAGGGUGGUGUGCUUAAUAUCACCGUUAUACCUCAGAACUCCUCCAAGUUUUACAGAUGCGAAGCCAGCAAUCCUGUGAGCCAAAACAAUGACACAGUCUACUUCAUUCCACCCUGCAAACUGGCCCGAUCCUCUGGAGUAGGUUGGAUUCCAAUGUGGCUCAUGGUCAUGGUACCCACCAUUCUUGGCCUCCUAUUGAUCUGA